CUUGAUGUUUUAGGUUUUUGCUCGGAGCACAUUUUCGCAUUGAUACUACAUACAUUUUAAGAAAAAAAAGCCCAAAGCAAUAAUCUGGUCCAUAUUGUAAGAAUUCGGUACUUCGCAGUAGCGUUUCGAGUGCGGUUACUUUGUGAUUAAUAUCAUGGUGAAACGAUGAUGUUGUUAUAUCUUCGGUGACGUUAGCAAUAAUAGUUGUGAAUGUGAUGUUCUUAUCAGUGUCUGGCAAAAAGUGCCCGUUGGUUGUCUCGUGUCUCUUCCGUCUCUUCUCUUCAACGAUCAAGCGGCUCAUCGUUGCGUUGCCUGCGUAAAUGCCCAGCAGAUUAUGCGGUCUACAAUAAAGAGAUCUGACGCUCCCCCAGCGCUCCCAGAGUAACGGCCGCACCGCGUGCCUUGAGUAUGUACAACAUUAAAUUCGGUGGAUCAUCCAAAAGGACAACGCCGCAGUCGCACAGUGUGUCUCGAGAUGCAUAGUGUUAUCCCGCGCGAAAUAUCAACGCGACGAAGAAGUUAAUAAACCGCGAAGCCAAUUGUACCGAAGCAGAGCGUCAUCCGAAAAUCUAAUAAUCGCGCGUGCGUUCGAGUGCCGAAAUUGGAACAUGUGUGCUGGUGCCUAGAAUCAAUAAUCGGAAGUUUUAUUGCUGCAACCGAACGUUUUGAACGUUCGUCACAUUGGCCACGUGCGUGAUCGGUUUACGUUAUAGAGAGAGGCUCUGCCGAUGGUGAACGAAUCGUCCAAACCUUCUGCUACCAAAGUGUGUACGGUUGAAUGUGAAUAAAAGUGUGUGGCUUUUAGGUGGUUUUUUGACCCAAGAAAAUAGGAAGUUAGUGUUUUGUUUUCGUUGUUGAUGAUUGGCUUGUUGGACGCGUACAUCUCUAUCAGGAAACAUGGCUGCAAACGAUAAUCAGAAUCUGUUGGAUUCCAAAAAGAACGGUUCCAUUAGCAUUGUUGGAGGAAGAGCAGGCCCGAAUAAUGACACAGAAAAAUCACCGUUCCUCCCCACGCAGCCGGUUCGGCUUACACCGGCGUGGGAGGAGAACAAUCUGCCCAACGAUGAGCUCAACUUCAAAGGGAUGACCAUGGAGCGGGCCAACAUGGAGCUGAAUCCACCGGGCGACAAACUGCUGCUCGUUUUCCUUACGCUUAUGAUCCACGGCGUGGGUACGCUGAUGCCCUGGAACAUGUUCAUCACUGCCAAAUCGUACUUUGUAGAUUACAAACUAAGUCAAAACUAUACCGGAGUGGAAUCUGAGUAUGGAACGUAUUUUCUCUCGUACGUUGGAUUUGCGUCACAGAUUCCUAAUCUGUUAUUCAAUUGGUUGAAUAUCUUCAUGAAUCUUGGUGGUAACCUGACCAAGCGCAUAGUGUACAGCAUCCUUAUCGAGGUGAUCGUAUUCGUCGUGACGGUGGUAUUGGCCAUGAUCGAUUCCUCUGAGUGGCCGGGAGCCUUCUUCUGGAUCACGAUGAUCACCGUAGUAAUCCUCAACAUGGCUGGUGGAAUAUACCAGAACACGGUGUAUGGCAUGGUCGCAAAGCUACCAUUCAAAUACACAGGGGCGGUAGUGCUAGGAUCCAACAUCAGCGGUACCUUCGCGUCGAUCAUUGCCAUCCUGAGUUCACAGUUUGCAUCCUCUGUUCGGACGGCAGCCAUCUACUACUUCAUCACGGCGAUGUUCGUCUUGCUGUUAUGCUUCGAUACUUACUUCGCUUUGCCUUUGAACAAAUUCUAUCGAUAUCACGAGAUGCUGAAGGAGAAGGAAGCCGAAACGCAAAAACGGGCCGGUAUCAACGUUGAUGGACGGCCACCGUAUUGGAAAAUCUUCAAGCAGGCGUUCCCUCAGCUUUUUAACGUGUUUUUCGUGUUCUUCGUCACGCUGUCGGUGUUUCCGGCGGUCCAUUCGGACAUCAAGCGAUCCGCUGGCGAUUUCAUCGUUGGAGACGACCUUUACGUGAGCGUUACGUGCUUCCUGACGUUCAACGUGUUCGCCAUGUUGGGCAGUUUAACUACCUCCUGGGUGACCUGGCCCAAGCCGAAGCAUCUGGUCUGGCCGGUGAUCCUGCGGGCGGCAUUUUUGCCGCUGUUCCUGUUCUGCAACUAUCGACCGCUGGGAAUCGAGCGGGUGCUUCCCAUCUACAUCGACAACGAUUACGUUUACUGGGGCAUUGCGGUCGUGAUGGCAUACAGUUCCGGCUAUUUGAGUUCGCUGGGAAUGAUGUACACGCCGCAGACGGUGGAGUCUCAGCACGCGGUGACGGCGGGAAUGUUUGCCGCCGCCAUGCUUAUCACCGGUAUCUUCAGCGGUAUUCUGUUCUCGAUGGUGUUUCCUAUGGUCGUGCAGUACAACUUCCUCGAGUGGUUGCACUAGGGUUGGCGCCGGAGUAUAGAGAUGCUGGCUCUCGAUAGCUAGAUCGUUCUUGGGGACGAUCCAUUAAGUACGUCACGCUGAAAUUGGUCUCCCCAUUCGCGCUUUGUAAAGCUUAAUGUAUUCAAUCUUAAUUUUUUGUGUGGAUCGCGACGUACUUUUAGGACGGUCCCUUGUCUUUAUUUACUUUUCGUUUUUUUCUUUAAACUGGACUCCGGGCGCCAACCGUUUUUAGAGUUCUACUCGAGUACUUUAGUUUGGCGUUUGGUGGAACUUUCAAUCACACAUAAGCUCAAUUUCAUCAUUUUAAAUUAUUUGUUUUAAGUUUCAGUAGGUUAAAUUUGAUUAGGGUUUUCAUCUAAUAUUAGAAUAUAUAAAAGAAUAUUUGCCUUGUCUUCUUCUUCUUCUUUCUGCUUCGGAUCUGACAUUUGUAGAUCCUAAUGUUGAGGGCUAGCUGCUAUGGCUAUAUGCCUAUUUGCCUUGUCUCGCAGAUCACAUCUCUUUUAAUCAAAGUUUUGAUAGGAUGCAUCGGUAGGCUGAUUGUUACAAACGAUACACCAUGACGAAUUGAAUUGACGUCUGUGUGUGCGUGCAUGUAUGAAUGACUGAGUGUGUGUAUUGAUAGGGAUUUCAGUCCCAUUUCUCACUACAAAAUGUUUCAACAAUUUUGUUAAAAUACCAAAAAAAGGCUUGGCGGUCACCAAUGAAAUCCAAAAAAUGUUUUUUUUGCGACUAACAUAGAUUGUUAGAUAUUGAUGUUUAUUGGAAAAAUCAACUCCAAUGAGAUAAUUUAACGAAAGAUAAAGCCUGACCCACUGUUAAAAAAUAGCACCAUGUGCAUGUCCGCACAUCACCCCAUGGGAUACAAUAACGUUUGCAUUUUUUUUUAAAUACGAAGUACGUCGGGUCAGAUUGCCUCGGAUGGGAAGGCUGAGUUGCCUCCUCAGGUGUUGAGAUUCUGGUUGAGGAUUUUUUCUUAUAGGCUCCUUGCAAGCUUAUUGCUUAUGGCAAUCAGCUUUUAUUUUAUUUCAUUUCAGCUGACAAAGGUACCUUUCAAAAGUUGCCUAAUGCAUAAUAGUACUAAAAAGUUGAUUGUAUGAAAAGCGACAAUAAAUUUCAAUGAAUAUAAUUGAAUUUGAAUGAUGGGAGCUAUUUGCAUAUGGCCUUGAACAAUUUUUAAAUCCUUUUUGAUUUUGUUAUGCACGAAGAAAGCAAGAGGGAUUAAUCUUUUUUUUUCUUUUGUGCAGGUUCUAAAAAUAGGAUUAAAAACAGGAACACAUAGACUAUUAGUGUUAAUUGUUUAAUUUACUUUCAAUGAAACAGUGUGAAAACUCGUUUAGAGUUAGAUAAGAAUUAUUUAAGAUUUCAUUACAUUAAUUUAAGUUGUGUUAGAAAGUAUAUUUUUAUGAAACAAA